CUGCAGCCUGAGCAGCGAGGACCCGUGUGGCCCGUCUGCAUUUGAAACCCUCUUCCAGACCGGGACGCAUCCACACCUGAUCCACACCGAGCCGCACUGACACUUUAACCGCAGACCUGCUGCGGGCACGCCGACAUGGCCUCCAUCGUGUGCCGGGUUCAGUACCUGGAGGACUCGGAUCCCUUUAUAUGCACUAACUUUCCAGAACCUCGGAGACCUCCGACCGUCAACAUAGAGGAGAACCUGCCGCUCAGUGAGCAGAUCUCCGGGAUACACAAGCUGCUGGAGGCGCCUCUGAAGCUGGAGGAGUGCGCCCUUCAACUGGCUCCCAACGGAAACUAUCUGGACCCGGACUCGUCCUUGGCCGAGCAGAGGGACGAGCUGGAGAGCUUUUAUGAAGACUUGGCAAAAGGGAAGAAGCCCAUCCUGAUCCUGAGGACUCAGCUCUCCGUCCGCGUUCACUCCAUCCUUGAGAAGCUCUACAACUCUCAGGGUCCAGAACUCAGACGAUCCCUCUUCUCUCUCAAACAGCUCUUCCAGGAUGAUAAAGACCUGGUUCCAGAGUUUGUGGCCUCCGACGGUUUGACGUGUUUCAUCAAAGUCGGAGCGGAGGCCGACACCAACUACCAGAACUACAUCCUGAGAGCUCUCAGUCAGAUCAUGCUGUUUGUGGACGGUAUGAAUGGAGUGAUAAACCACAAUGAGACGGUGCAGUGGCUUUACACGCUGACGGGGAGUCUGUCUCGUCUGGUGGUGAAGACAGCUCUGAAGCUCCUCAUUGUCUUUGUGGAGUAUGCAGAGUCCAAUAGUCCUCUGCUGAUGAGCGCUGUCAACAUGGUGGACGGAAAGAGAGGUGUGAAGCCAUGGAGUAAUUUGAUGGAGGUUCUGGAGGAGAGGAAUGGAUCCGACACAGAGCUGCUCAUGUUCGCCAUGACGCUCAUCAACAAGACUCUGGCAGUGCUCCCGGACCAGGACUCGUUCUAUGAUAUGACGGACAGUAUGGAGCAGCUCGGGAUGGAGAAGAUCAUCUUCAAACACAUGAACAACAAAGGGACAGAGCCGGACCUGAGGGCGCAGUUCACCAUCUAUGAGACAGCUCUGAGGUACGAGGAUGGGGACAUGGACGACGCCUCCCCUCACCUGCGUAAGGAGAGAAGAAAGCUGGCGGCCGGUGAGCAAGAGGGACGAAAAAACCGCCGCUCCUCCAGCCAGACCCUCCCUGACAGCCUCCACUCCCCUGCAGGCACCUCACCCUCUCCCUCCCCCACGCCAACAGCCUUUCUCCCCACCGCCACUGUAAACACACCCGUCUCCCCCAUCAUCUCCCCCUUCAUCUCCCCGGCCGUCUCUCCUGUCGUCUCCCCGGCUACCUUCCCUGCCAUCUCGCCAGCCGUCUCCCCCUUCAUCUCCCCGGCCGUCUCCCCCACGGUGUCCUCCCCGAGUCCUACAGCAGGACUCGGCAGCAGGUCCUCGUCCCCGCUGAUCUCUGAACACAGCAGCCCCGCCUCCAGUCCGUCUGGAUCCCAGAGAGGGUCUCCUCUACCCCCCCACUCGGCCUCUAAUGGUACCAUCGCAGCAGAGCAGGAGCCAAAGUCACCGUCUAACUCGAGUUGCUCUUUCCUCAGCCACCACAUGUCGGCUCUGGGUCUCGGCCGGAAGUCCAGACUCUUCUCCAAAACCAGCUCCAUCUCUGAGGAGCCGUCAGCUGGCUGCAGCUCGCCUUCCUCAGAUUUCCCUCACCAGGAGAAGUCCCAGUCGAGCCCGGAGCCGCCCGUCAAGACGGAGACCAAAACCAGUUUUAAAGACACUUUCCUGCGCAGCCUGGCAGCCACACAGUGGGAGAAGAAGAGGAGGAGCAAACACCUGAGCCAGCCCAGGCAGUCCGCGUCUGAUGACGUCAUAACCCCGAACCUGAAGCCUGGGGAGGAGCCUGGCAGUGAGGAGUCGUCACAUCAGGCUCCAACCUCAGGUGGUUUGGACUCAAACGGGCACUCAGACCCCCAGAAUGACCCAGGAUCCUCCAUGCAGCGGCAGUGCAGCACUCUGUCCGAUGACAAGAAGUUUGUGUUGGACAUGUUGUACUCCAAAACCCCUGCCUCAGUACCUCUAAGCCCGACGAGUUCUACUCCUGACACCACCGAAGAAGAAGGCAGCUUCCUUCCUGGUGGAGAUCUGGGCAGUCGGGGUCGUGUGUUGGAGCGACUGUCCAGCCUCAAUGCACGCUCAGCAGAGCCCUCAAGUCCCAGUGAGAGCAGCGUGUCCCGCAGGGCGGAGCUGGAGGAGCUGGAGGGGUCCGCCCAGGCAGCGCUGGCUCGACUCGCUGAAAACAGAAAGAACCGAAGCCUCCGGCAGCAGAGCAGCGUGGACAUUGAGGGCCACGCCCGCCGCCUGGAGUCCACUCCGAUGGCCCCUGUGGGUUCUGGGGGCCCGCCUGACGCCUGGGAGCAGCUGCAGCCGAGCGCUGCCGCCCUGCGCAUCAAAGACCUGGACUUCUCCGACCUGAUGGACGAGGAGGACAUCGACGUCUUGGACAUGGACACCUUCGACUCCUCCGCCACCUGUUACUCCGGCAUCCCUCCCCCUCCUCCUCCUCCCCCCGGCAUGGCAGGAAUCCCACCACCACCUCCGCCUCCUCCUCCUCUCCCAGGCUCGGCCGGACCUCCCCCUCCGCCUCCACCGCCUCCUCUUCCAGGAGCUCUGGCCCCUCCUCCCCCUCCUCCUCCUCCUCCUCCUCCACCUGGUGCUCCCCCUCCUCCCUCCUCUUCCUCAGCAGCUUCAUCCCAGAGGAAGAAGAAGACAGUGAAGUUGUUCUGGAGGGAGCUGAAGCAGGCUGACGGGCCUAAGAAGUGUCGCUUUGGUCGGGGGACAGUGUGGGCGUCUCUGGACAAGGUGGUGGUCGACACCACCCGACUAGAACACCUGUUUGAGUCUAAAGCCAAGGAGCUGCCUGUCGCCAAGAAAGGACCUGAGACAAAAAAGUCUGAGAUCCUGGUUCUGGAUUCAAAGAGAAGCAACGCCAUCAACAUCGGUAUGACCGUCCUGCCCGCGGUCCACGUCAUCAAGACGGCCAUCCUCAACUUUGACGAGUUCGCCAUCAGCAAGGAGGGGAUUGAGAAGAUCCUGACCAUGACGCCCACAGAGGAGGAGAAGCAGAAGAUCCAGGAGGCUCAGAUGGCCAAUCCUGACAUUCCUCUGGGCACGGCGGAGCAGUUCCUCUGCAGCCUGGCCUCCAUCAGCGCCCUGACCCCCCGUCUGCAGCUCUGGGCCUUCAAACUCAACUAUGAGGCUCUGGAGAAGGAGAUUGCAGAGCCGCUGUUUGACCUGAAGCUGGGCAUGGAGCAGCUCGCCUCCAAUCUGACCUUCAAGAGGAUCCUCGCCACGCUGCUCGCCAUCGGGAACUUCCUGAACAGCUCCAACGCUAAAGGCUUCGAGCUGGGUUACCUGGAGAAGGUGGUGGAGGUGAAGGACACGGUGCACCGUCAGACUCUGCUGCAUCACACCUGCAGCCAGGUGGUGGAAAAUUACCCAGAAUCCUCGGACGUGUACUCUGAGAUCCCCGCCAUCACGCGCUCCGCCAAAGUGGACUUUGAGCUGCUGUCAGAGAACCUGGUCCAGCUGGAGAGACGCUGCAAAGCAUCAUGGGACAACCUGAAGGUGGUGACCAAACAUGAAACCAAGGCGCUGCUGAAGAACAAGAUGACGGACUUCCUGAAGGACUGCACGCAAAGGAUCAUCAUCCUGAAGGUGGUGCACCGGAGGGUCAUCAACAGGUUCCACUCCUUCCUCCUGUUCCUGGGUCAGCCGUCCACCUCGGUCAGAGACAUUAAAGUCACCAGUUUCUGUCGGAUCAUCAGCGAGUUCUCUCUCGAGUAUCGAACCACCAGAGAGCGAGUCCUGACGCUGAAACGGAAACGAGCCGCUCACCGAGAGAGAACCAAGACCAGAGGAAAGAUGAUCACUGAGACCGAGAAGUUUUCAGGGGCGGUGCCUCAGGAUGACAGCACCUCUCCCGUCUCCAUGCCGACAGAGGUGGAACCAGGUCAGGAGGAGGAACACGAGAACAUGAAGAAUCUUCUGAACAGCGGCAGGAGCAGCCUGGGCGCCGAGCAGGGACUGAGACGCUCCAGAGCCGUCCGCAGUCUUGGCAGGGUGAGUCCAUCUCAGAUGUCUGUAGCCAGAGACGACGGGACGAACUCUCCGGACGACGCCACAGAUGAGAUCAUGGACCGACUGGUCAAGUCCGUUACCCAGAACCCCUCAGACAGACCGUCAAGUCCUAAGUCUCGCAAACGCUCCCGAGUGAACAGAAAGUCAUUGAGGAGGACUCUGAAGAGCGGCCUCAGCCUGGAUGUGGUUCAGGCUCUGGGACUCAACAAGACAGCAGACAAGGUCUGAUCGAUCAACCAGUGAACAUUAUUGAUUGGACAGACUGAACCCAGACCAGCAGAGUGACGACACGGAACGAAAGUAGAGACAGAACGUGUUCCUGAGUUUGUUUCCAGCAGGAGGAGAAUCAUCCCACGAACGUUUACUCUCCGGUUUUCAGAACAGGAAUGUUUUUGAAUCUUGACACCAAAGAUCUGACUGCACAAACACAAACGUACCCACAUCAGGGGCUUCACGAUUAAAUAAGCUCCUAAACAACAGUGUGAUGGAUCAAACAAACAUUUAGGAGCACACGUCAUUAGAGAUGAAUUUAUUUUAUCAGCUUUUAGAGUUUUUUCACUGUUUUCACUUCAAUCUGUUUGGAAAGUCCUUGAAAAGUUUAGAAAAGUUGGUGAAUAUUUCCACAAAAUGUUUAAAAUGAAAUCACUAGAGUCACUGAGGUGGUACAGAACUGUCCAACACAUCACCUACCACUGCUUUCAUGUGUGUGUGUGUCUGUGUGUGUGUUUAUUCUACAUUACCUGGAUGUACAGUCAUCAGAUGUGAGCACGUGUCGUCUGUACAGUCGAGUUAUUAUUUUGCACUUUAGGUCAGUUUGUUUGACUCGCAGGUAAAAUUCUUCUUCACUUGUUCUCAGACACAAACUGUGUAAAGGACUAAGACUGUUUUAACUUAAAGAUUUUACAGGAAGAGUAAUGUACGCUUGAAUGUGUUCCUUAUCAAAUUAAUAAAGGUUUUUAAUAAAGAA